GCGGAGGGCAGGGCAGGGCAAGUGGCCAACUGGGCAAGGGAGGAACUAGUGAGAGAGAGAGGGAGGGAGGGCUAGAGAGAGAAAGCGGAAGAGUGAGAAACUCACCUCACGAACGCACAGACGGAUUCGUGGAUCAAUCGUUCCAAUUUCAAAGCAUCUUCUGACAAUAUCAAAUAACCCCGCUUUUAAAUUCCUUAUUUAUUCUCUUCUACUAUUCUGCUUCUUUCUUUUUCAUCUCCCUUUUUUUUUCUUUAAAAUAGAAUUUUUCACGCUGCCAAAACCCAAUAUAUAUUUAUGUAUAUGUAAUUACAACAUGUUAUUAUUACUACAAUACUACGCCAAGCGUUUGCGGAAAAAAGGAAAAACAAAAAAAAAGAAAGGGAGAGAAAUGGGGAGAAGGAUUAGAGAGAGAAAGGGAAAGAGGACUGUUCGUUGGUUUGUUCGUAGUUUCUCUUUUAAUUCAAAACCAAAAUUCAAUUCAAUUCCGAUCCCCUCUUUUUUUAAAUUUUAUUAUUAUUAUUAUUAUUAUUAUUGUUAUUAUUAUUUUCUGCUUCUUUUCUCUUACUCAAAACCCAUUACCCAUAACCAAAACCAAUCUCUUAAUGCAUUUAUUUAUUAUCGUUAUUCCGCAAAUCUCACCGCACAUCCCCAUCACAGGCCAAGGAAAGAGUGAUGGAUGGAUUACGAAGAUAGAUGGAUCCAAGAAAAGGUCAGGAGAGAGAGGGCGGAUUGAUUUGGGUUUCUCUUUUUCCUCGAUACUCCAAGCCUAAGCAAUAGUAAUUGCAGCAGCAUAAAAGACCCAUUCCCCAAUUUCUAUCUCGCUCUUUCUCUCCCUAUGCUUGCUUCCAUCCAGGCCCUGUUUUAGAGAGAGAAAGUUGAGGCAGAGGAGGUCUUAGGGUUUUGAUUUGCUUCGAUCUUUUCCAAUGGAGGGCGGUUCUGAAGGGGAGAAGAGGAAGCCGCCUGAGGGCGAGGGCAAGACGAAGCGGAAGAUGAAGACCGCCUCGCAGUUGGAGAUUCUUGAGAAAACCUAUGCGGUGGAGACCUAUCCCUCGGAGGCCUUGCGAGCAGAGCUGUCGGCGAAAUUGGGGCUUUCGGAUCGGCAGUUGCAGAUGUGGUUUUGUCAUCGGAGAUUGAAGGAUAGGAAGCCACCGCCGACGAAGAGGCCACGGAAGGAUACUGCAGUGGCGUCAGCAUCACCGGUCCCAGUGGCACCGGUUGUGCCUGUGGGGGGUGGGAUGGGUGGGGAUGAGAUGAUGGUGGGGGAGGUGGGAAAUGAACACGGGUCCGGUUCAGGCUCCGGGUCAAGUCCAUUUGGUCACAUGGACUCACGGCGACUCAUCCCACGAUCCGGGACUGCCAUGGCGAGGAUUGGAGGUGAUAUGCCAGCAAUGAAGAGAUAUUAUGAACCGCCCCAGUCAUUAGUGGAGCUUCGAGCUAUUGCUUUUGUGGAGGCACAGUUGGGUGAGCCAUUGAGGGAAGAUGGGCCAAUUCUUGGGAUGGAGUUUGAUCCUUUGCCACCUGAUGCAUUUGGUGCACCCAUAGCAGUGCCGAUGGGCCAGCAGAAGCAACCUGGAAGGCCUUAUGAGGCCAAACUAUAUGAGCGAUCUGAUACAAAAUCAAUCAAGGGUGCUGUUAGGGCUCUCCAUGAGUAUCAGUUUCUUCCAGAGCAGCCAACUGUUAGAACUGAUAACUAUGAAAGAGUUGCUCCAUCCCACUACCAUGGUUCACAUGCCGAUGCUUCAAUUGCCAGGACAUCAUCUUUGUCUACUGGUCGUGCGUUUGUGCAUGGAAAUGAACAAUUGCCUUCUGGAUAUGGUUUCCAAGGUCAAGUGUCAAGUUUAAAUCUUUUGCCUCAGCAAAGCAGGCAAGGCCACGUUCUGUCUUCUGCUUCAGGAGACUAUGAUGGCGUUCCAAGAAAAAACUCCUUUGCGAAUGUUAAUGUGGAUGCUCAUUUUGGUUCUCACUCGGUUAAUGCACUGGACAAUCCACUUAUAUCAUCUGACAGAAGGGUCUCCCAUGAUGAGGAUGUUUCACGAAUGGAGAGGAAACGCAAGAGUGAAGAGGCAAGAAUAGCAAAGGAAGUUGAAGCCCAUGAGAAAAGGAUACGUAAAGAGCUUGAAAAACAAGAUAUUUUAAGGCGAAAGAGAGAAGAACAAAUGAGGAAAGAAAUGGAAAGGCAUGACCGUGAAAGGCGGAAGGAAGAGGAGAGAUUGUUGCGUGAAAAGCAGCGGGAGGAGGAGAGAUUCCAGAGGGAACAACGGCGUGAAUUGGAACGGAGAGAAAAAUUUUUGCAGAAAGAAUCUCUCAGAGCUGAGAAAAUGAGACAGAAAGAAGAACUCCGCAGAGAAAAGGAAGCAGCUAGGCUUAAAGCUGCUAAUGAUAGGGCUAUUGCUAGAAGAAUAGCUAAAGAAUCCAUGGAACUUAUUGAGGAUGAGCGCCUUGAGCUCAUGGAGUUAGCUGUCUCAAGCAAGGGAUUGCCCUCAAUAUUGUCACUUGAUGGUGAAACACUGCAAAAUCUUGAGUUAUUUAGAGAUAUGUUGACUGUAUACCCACCCAAGUCUGUGCAAUUGAAGAAGCCUUUUGCAAAUAAACCUUGGAUUGAUUCUGAGGAGAACAUUGGGGAUCUUCUUAUGGUUUGGAGAUUUUUGAUUACUUUUGCUGAUGUUCUUGGACUUUGGCCGUUCACUUUGGAUGAGUUCGUUCAAGCUUUUCAUGAUUAUGACCCAAGGUUGUUGGGUGAGAUACAUGUUGCUCUUCUGCAAUCCAUCAUAAAAGAUAUUGAAGAUGUUGCAAGGACACCAUCCGGUGGGAUGGGAACAAACCAAAAUAGUGCUGCUAAUCCUGGAGGUGGGCAUCCACAGAUUGUUGAAGGGGCAUAUGCUUGGGGUUUUGACAUACGCAGCUGGCAACGCCAUUUAAAUCCAUUGACAUGGCCUGAAAUAUUGAGACAGUUUGCUCUAUCUGCUGGAUUUGGCCCGCAACUGAAGAAAAGAAAUUUUGAACAUGCAUAUAUUCGUGAUGACAAUGAUGGUAAUGAUGGUGAAGAUAUAAUUUCUACUUUACGCAAUGGAGUGGCAGCUGAAAAUGCUGUUGCCAUAAUGCAAGAAAGGGGUUUCUCCAACCCCCGCAGAUCUAGGCAUCGUUUGACUCCUGGAACGGUCAAAUUUGCAGCAUUUCAUAUUCUUUCUCUUGAGGGGAGCAAGGGCCUAACAAUAUUAGAAGUUGCAGACAAGAUUCAGAAAUCUGGGCUUCGGGACCUUACUACGAGCAAGACACCAGAAGCAUCUAUUGCUGCUGCUUUGUCAAGGGACGUCAAACUUUUUGAAAGGACUGCUCCUUCAACAUAUUGUGUACGCACACCAUAUAGAAAGGACCCCGCCGAUGCUGAUGCAAUACUUUAUUCGGCCCGGGAAAAAAUUCAGGUAUUUAAAAAUGGGUUUUCUGAUGGAGAAGAAGCUGAUGAUGUGGAAAGAGAUGAAGAUUCUGAGAGUGAUGGAGCUGAAGAUCCCGAGGUUGAUGAUUUAGGCCCUGAAUCAAAUUCAAAGAAAGAGGAUCAUCAUUCUUAUGAAGAUGAUUUUCAAUUUAAGACACAGCUGGGAAGUGGAGAGGAUACUGCCUAUGAUGGGAUUAUGGAGACUCCCCCAGGUGGCCUGGUGCAUGCUGGUGAAGAUUUGUCAUCAGAGCAUUGUGAAGGUUUCAAGGAUGCAACAUGCGCUGGUUCUUCCAUUGAUCGAUCUAUUGAUGCUGCUGGAGUCUGCAAGGAGGCAACUAAUCCUGAUCAAGAAGAUACUGAUAUUGAUGAAAGUAACCCUGGUGAACCAUGGGUUCAAGGGCUUACGGAAGGGGAGUACUCUGAUCUGAGUGUUGAGGAGCGCCUAAAUGCCCUUGUUGCUUUGAUUGGCGUGGCCAUCGAAGGAAAUUCAAUCCGCAUUGUUCUUGAGGAGCGUUUGGAAGCGGCAAAUGCUCUGAAGAAGCAGAUGUGGGCGGAAGCACAGCUUGACAAACGGCGUAUGAAAGAAGAGUAUGUAAUGAAGAUGCAAUAUCCAUCUUUAGCUGGGAGCAAAAAUGAACAAAAUCUUACGAUUGCUGUAUCAGAUGGCAGGCAAAGCCCGCUCAUUGAUGACAAAAAUAAUGAGACCCCUGUGAACCCCACAGUCCAGAAAGAGCCAUUUAGUGAUACACAGAAUGAUCACAGUUAUCUUAAUAAUUUGCCUACUGAAAGAACUUUGCCAGUGCAAGACAUCUCGGCUGUACCAGAGAAUCUCACCCUCCAACAGCCUGGACAUGUGGCAGAGAAGUCACGCUCGCAGUUAAAAUCCUAUAUAGGCCACAAAGCAGAAGAAAUGUAUGUAUAUAGGUCAUUGCCUCUUGGUCAAGAUCGCAGACGUAAUCGAUACUGGCAGUUUAUUACAUCUGCUUCCCGAAAUGAUCCUGGCUGUGGAAGGAUCUUUGUGGAGAUGCGUGAUGGUUAUUGGAGGCUUAUUGAUUCUGAAGAGGGGUUUGAUGCUCUGUUGGCCUCUUUGGAUACACGUGGGGUUAGGGAAUCCCAUUUGCACUCAAUGUUGCAAAAGAUUGAGAUUUCUUUUAAGGAAACUGUUAGGAGGAAUUUGCUCCGUAUCAAUGUUACAAGGCAAAGUGGAGAUAUUGUCAAAUCAGAAGCAUCUGAAAUGGCACCCAUCCAUGACUGCGGUGUUGAUAUGGAUAGUCCUAGCAGUACUGUUUGUGUUUCGAAUUCUGAUAUGUCAGAACCAUCAUCGUCAUUUAGAAUUGAGCUUGGGCGGAAUGAAUUUGAGAAAAAUAAUUCUCUAAAUAGAUAUCAGGAUUUUGAGAAAUGGAUGUGGCAAGAAUGCUUUAAUUCUUCUAUAUUAUGUGCCAUGAAGUAUGGGAAGAAAAGGUGCAUGCAGCUUUUAGGCAUCUGUGAUCACUGCUGUGAUAUAUACUUCCCUGAAGACAGCCAUUGUCCUUCUUGCCAUAAGACUUACAGCACCUUCAACAGGAACUUCAAUUUCUCUGAGCAUGUAUCACAAUGCAGAGAAAAACUGAAAGCAGGCCAUGACCGGACUUUGCUUGGUUCAGAAUCAUCUCUGCCCUUGAGGAUCAAAUUGCUCAAAGCACACUUAGCUUUAAUUGAGGUUUCUAUUCUGCCAGAGGGUCUUCAACCAGUUUGGACAGAGGGCUACCGAAAAUCAUGGGGUGUGAAGCUGCAUGCCUCAUCAUCAGCUGAGAAUCUGCUUCAGAUUCUCACAGUAUUGGAGAAUGUCAUAAAGAGGGACUUCUUGUCUUCUAGCUUUGAGACAACCAAUGAGCUGCUGGAUUCCUUUAACUCAUCAGGAUGUGCUGCUAAUGUUUGUACUCCUGAAACAGUUCCUGUUCUUCCAUGGGUACCGCAAACAACAGCUGCUGUGGCGCUCAGGCUCACAGAACUUGAUGCAUCCAUUUCUUACAUGCUGAGUCAGAAAGCAGAGUUUCAAAGGGACAAGGGACCCGGGGACCUUAUUAAAUUUACGUCAAGGUAUGCUGUUGUGAAGAAUGUCCAAAAGGAUGAAGGUGCAGAUGUUUUACAUGAAGCUGAAUAUCUCCAAGAAGAGAAUUGGAUUAAUAUAGGGAGUGGACAUAUCAGUUCAGGUCGAGGACGAGGGGGCCGUGGACGAGGCCGUGGCCGUACACGUGGUGGUAGAUCUCAGAGAAGGGUUAUUGGUUCCAGAUCUGAAUCUAACAUGAGAAAUACUGCUACAAAUACUGAGAGAUUUGGUCAGGUUAUAGCAUGGAAAGGGCGGACACGUGGACGAGGUGGGCGUAGGCGGGGUCGACGCACUGCUCGAACUAGGCAGAAACCUGUGAAGAGGGUGGCAGAUAUUGUUAGUGCAAGAUGCGCGCCUAAAGAGAUCAUCUUUGAGAAACCCCCAAUGAGUUUGGAGAGGGAGGAAUGGAAUGGGGAAGAAACCUCAAGGGUGCAGGUGGACGGUGCUGAAAAUGAAAAUGCUAGCUCAGAUAGAUCAGACUAUGAUGAUGAUAAUGGCCAAGCAACAGGAGAUGAAUAUGAGGAUAUGGCAGUUGAAGACUACGCUGGUGUUUUUAGUGGCAAGCCUCACAACUUCCUGGAAGGCAGUGAUGACAAUGUAGGCAGUGAUGACAAUGUAGAUGUUGAAGAUGAAGAAGAGGACGAUGAUCAUGAUGAUGAGGGUGACGAUGAUGAUGUUGAUGACGAUGAAGAUGGAGAUGCCGACAUUGCUGAAGAUGAACAGGGAGACAUAGAUGUUGAAGAAUUUAUUAAUGGAGAUUCAGAUGAGGAGAAUGGGGAUGAAGAUAGACGGCAACACAGGGUGUCGGAGGAAGAUACAACAUCUUCCUCAGAGUACAGUGACUAGAGAAAUGAGGGAAAAUUUGCUCUGUACAAGAAAUAUCUAAUCUGUAGUUUGAUUUGUUUUCUUUUCAAGAUGCAGUACUGCGUCUAUAAUUUACCUUUGUAUUUAUAGAAAAAUUUGUAGUUUACAGUACAAAGCGCCCCACUGUAUUAGGAGUUAAUGUUAAAAAGUACAUUCCCGUAACCAUGAUUAGCACUAGCAUUUGAACAUUCUGGUCCAACUCUUGUAAGCUGUAUAUUUUUUUAUAAAAUCCACAGGUUUUUUUGCAGUUCUAA